UCACACCAUCGAUCAUCGAUCCAAAAAAAACUCUGGUGGGAUUUACAUGGGUGGUCCCACGGCACGUCCCUGAUUGAGUUGGAAUUUUCGUAACGAUCAUUGCAGUGAUAGCCAUCGAAUGUGCCGCAAACCUCGAUCCGCGGAUGUUAUCCGGUUUCCGAUCGUUUGGAAUAGUUUGUUACAUUUAAAGGUGAUCAUCGCCCCUAAAGCAAGUUCCAGUUCAGUCGUGAGAUUUUGCGGAUGUAUAUAGGCGACCACAGUGUCGACGACGAUCGACCAACUGAUCUCCAUACGGUGUACGAUGCGCGAUCGGCGUAAACAAGGGACGUUUUUGUGGCUGAUCAUCUUCUGUGCAUUAUUGGCGUGGCUCGUGAUCAUGGCCGAUUGUAGAAAAUUGCGGGCGCCGAAUAGACGAAAGCAAAAAGUGGUUCGUGAUAAAAUUCGUCUCAAACCUCAGUUGAGACAGUACAAUUCUGAUGAAUAUGAUGGACUUAUAGAUCCUUUAGAAGAUUAUGCCGCGUUCAGUGAGUACCAUGACGAUACCGAUGAACUGAUAAAGAGUCAAAAAUUCAGCGCACAGAAUGUUGGUGGCUUUCUUAAACCUUACACAAAGCCCAUCAAAUACGUGCAGCCAGUGUACAUUCAACAGAAAAAGCCUAGGAAACCUUCGACUUCAGUUAUUCGAGAAGUUCAUCACAUACCCGUGUCGGAUCAUAAGCAUGCGAGUAGUGUUGGAUCUGGAUUUGCCUCCGGCAUAAAGUACAUCCUGCUUACAUUGCUUGCGAUAGGGGUUCCUAUAGUUGCAAUCCCAUUUCUGUUAUUACCACUGAAGUUGCUGUUUGGUCUGAAAUUGAUCAUCAUUACCAACGUGUUUGUCUUUGGAAUUAUAGCGGCAAAGUUUAAGCACGAUCACAGUUAUAACUGGAGCGCAGUAACUGCAGCACCAACCUCAGCAUCAGGAUCAGGAUCAGGACCGACCACCAAUAGCCAGCUUUCGAUCAGUCAACCUGUAACGACGGUGAUCAACACGCCAGUUCAACAAGAACAACAACAGCAACAGGUGCCUCCAUGGAGCAAUUCGUACUAUUGGUGGCCCUUCUAUAACAGCCAGUGCUCUGUUUGCAACUAUAAACCACCUAAUGCCACCAAAAGUGUCAGCACAACUGCUCGGAAUACCGUUGUGGUAACCACAACUGCAAAUAAUGACGACUAUGAUACCGAUGAUAGCUGGGAUCUUAGCUUCAAAACACAAAAGUAUGGUUUUGCUAGAGUACCAAAAAAACUGUGAUUGCGAGAAAAACCGU